CAUCUUUUCACCUACAAAUCGCCACGGUCGAUCAUGAGCGUGCGAUUACGGUCACUGUUUCGAGAUCAGUCACACGUUUCCGCUACACAUUAGCACAUUCCCUUUCCCCAGAACGAGCACACCAAGCAACGCUUGCAUUUCAGCUUUACAAGAGAAUCAUCCUCGAUGCCUUCACAACCAAUUGAUACCGGCUGGGACUUUAGCUCGGUUAUUGACCUCAUCGACUCCGGUUCCAGCGACAUCCGCUCUCCAGCGCUUCGACCUGCAACACAAACCUUUACACCAGCAAGUCGAGAUGGAGGAGUACGCUUGGGUAGUUUCUCGAAGCUUUUCGAGAGCUUAGGCUUGCCGGAUACCCCUGCGGCACCACUACCGCCGCUCGACCCGGACUCUGAGCUAAGCAAUUCUGACGAAGCUACCCUACCGUCCCCCACGUUGAGGCCAGUGCAGACAUUGGCCAAACAUGUCGGGGCUACAGCCGAGCUUCUCUCAGAGACGCCGGCGUUGACAAAGACUCAGCGCAAGAAGGCUCGCAGACGCGCUGAGAAGGAGCUACUGGAAGAGCAAAACCGCAAGCGGAUCAUGCAAGAGACUCUCGAUCAGCUUGCCGAAGAGCGCGAUCAGAGAGCGCAUCCAGUGCAGCAUGCCUCUCCGCAAAAGCAAGCAGUCGAACUUGACAGCAAAUCAAUCGAGGACGCCGAUGCGGCUGAAACGCUGUGUAGGCCCUCGCGAACAAGCUCACGAUCGAACGUUGGGGCGAAAAUCAGGCCUGCAACGCCUGCACGAAAGGCAGCUGAAGAUGUGCACACUCAACAAAAGCAGCCAAAGACGCCUCAGCCUCGCCCCAGCACACUCAAACAACUAUCCACGGUACAGCCACCACAAAAAGCAUCGGCCAUUGUUGCUUCUACAGCGCCAGCGCCUAGUCAUGUGCAACGCGAAACGUUCGGCACUUCAGUACCGAGUCAAAACGUUUCUGCCCAAGUACAGCAACCGUCGCUUGCUGCUACGCCUCUACGCCACGGGCUUGUCCCACGAACUGUUCGACCAGUGACAGUACCCAGGGCAGCCUCGCAAAACGCUGCUAUUGUGCAGCCGCCGCCGACUACGCCAACGCCAGCCCCACGCGCUGUUUCGUUUAGCGGACGACGCGCACCUCUUGUGAUUCGCUCGAAGACGGAGCGUCAUGUCCAUCUGUUCAACAAGCUGAUGACGACGUUUCCCGAAGACCAAAAGUGGCUGGUGGCGCCGAUGCAGCUCUUGAAUGAGCGGUCGCGCAACCACGGGCUGCAUGUGUUUGUGGACGCGUCGAACAUUAUGAUUGGUCUCAAGGACAUGCUGCGGUACCAUGGGCUUCAGCACAACGCGUAUGACAUUUCGUUUGACAGCCUCGCGCUCGUGAUGGAGCGGCGUCGGCCUGUUGCCAAGCGGUUCUUUGCCGGGUCACACCGCGAAGCCAACCCGCUCCGGCACAUUGAGAAGAUGGUGGAGACGUCCAAGGCGGUGGGGUACGACAGCGUGAUGCAAGAGCAGGUGCUGAUUGUGCGGGAAGAUUCGGAGAAGAAGAAAUUCUUCAACGACGUCAAGAAGAUGGGGUGGCACAAGGCUCAGCAGAUGCGAAGCGGCAAUGGCAGUGGCAGCGGCAGCGGCAGCGACUCUGAAACGAGCGCGCCGGGUGUUGCAAAGACACGGGCAGCUCCGAAAUGGGUUGAGCAGGGUGUGGACGAGAUUCUGCAUCUGAAGAUGUGCCAGAGCAUUCUGGAUGCCGAAGAGGCGAGCACCAUGGUGCUGGCGACGGGCGACGGGGCGGUGGCGGAGAUGUCGGAUGGGUUCCUAGCGCAUGUGGAGCGAGCGUUGAAGCGGGGGUGGAAGGUGGAAUUGAUCAGCUGGGGACAGCAGAUCAACAGUGGCUACCGCAAGCGGCAGUUCCGGGCCAAGUGGGCAGAGCAGUUUACGAUUAUUGAGCUGGACGAGUUUCUGGAGGAUUUGAUUGAUACUGCCUAGUCAUUCUCUAUGUAUUUUUUUCUCUAUGCAUCUGUCUGUCUGUCUAUUUCUAUACAUGUGUGUGUGUGUGUGUUGUAGCUAGUGAAAAGUUUUGUUUUGUUUUGUUUGCUGUCAUGAUACCAUACUAUAUGACUAGUAUGGUUCCCAGGGGGAAAGAAAAAAGUUAUUAGUUCAUCUCAG